AGCAAUAACCUUUGAUUUCCUGAAUUUUGCAUUUGCACAAUAUUGGGAGAAUAUUAACUGCUGUGAUUGAUGCGGGAACAUUAAUAGUAUAUGCAGUUUGUUAAUAGUAGCAAUGACCGAUCCGCUUGCAUUUUGGCAGGCUCGUGAUAGCACAUCGGCCGUUCUCAACCAUCUGACCAAGGAAACGGGGGGGCGUGAGGACAAGGGAAGCUGGUCGGGUAGUGGGGGUGGCCGUAUGGAGCCGUCUACCCCUGGCUACCAAACAUGCUAG